CUGGCUUCUGUUCCCUCACCCUCUGCCCCCUGCGGAGUUGUGUUUUCUGGGAAUCAGCAAGUAAGAUCACAAGUGGUCUUUUCUUUUUUUUCACUCUCUCCCAUAAAGAAAGCUUUAUCACGUGUGGCCUUAAACUUGCAGCAAAUUGCAAAGAAAUGGCUCAAAAGCUUCAGCUCUUUCUGUGCCCUGGGAGCUGAGAUGCACGUCAGUGGCCUUGCCAGCCUGGCCAAUUCUCUGCUGACUGCCAGAAAAAAGAGGCUGGGAGGAAAGAGGAAAGAGAAGAGAUUGCUGAGGGUCUUGCUGAGCACAUUGAGAGGAACUGGCUACCUUUGAUUUCUACCUCCAGGGCAUGAACUGGAGCCUCCUUGGAACAUACCACUCUUGCAGUAAUUUGUGCAUUAGACACCAAGACACUUCAGUAAAGCUAGGCAGUGCCAGCACUUUAAGCUGGAAACUAUUUGGCCCUAACACAACGUGAACUAAGAUGAUUAUAUUUAUCUUUCAUUAUCACUUCUGAAUUCCAGUUACAGUGAUUUUUGUGUCAACACCUCCAUAAUUAGAUAACUUAAAAUGUGCUAUAGCAUCUCAAGCCUUUCAGCAGUAUUUUUAACAUAAUUAUUUUUCUCUUUGGCAUUAGCAUUCUACAUGUAACACUGGAUCUUUUAAAGAUAAAUUUGGGAUAAGUAGUAGCAUAUCUUAUUAUUAAACACUGUAUUUGUAUUUUCUGAUCACUAAAUAUUAUGGCUGAUGAGAAAUAAGAUGAUAUCUGAAUCCCUAAAAUAGAAGGCCAAGUUGAAUUAUAUAAUUUCAUCCUUUGAAGAAGAUUGCAAUUUAAGCUCUAAAUUUAAGAAUUAUUCAUUUCUUAUUUAAAAAUGUUUCUGGUUUGUGUAUCUCUUACUUGGUAAUAUUUUUUACUUAGUUUUGUAGUAAAGAUAUCUAUUUAAUAUUGCAGAACUCUGUGUUUCCCAAACCCUGUUUUCACUGUUCUGGAAAACACUGUUCUAGAAAAGUAGUCCCAGUGACUCAGUAGACAGAGGAGGUUGGCUGAUGUUAUCAGAUACUGAUCAGAGUCAAGGAACGUUUUUAUAAUGGACACUUCAUCCAAAGAAAAUAUCCAGUUAUUCUGCAAAACUUCAGUGCAACCUGCUGGAAGGCCUUCUUUUAAAACAGAAUAUCCCUCCUCAGAGGAAAAGCAGCCGUGCUGUGGUGAACUAAAGGUGUUCUUGGGUGCCUUGUCUUUCGUUUACUUUGCCAAAGCAUUGGCAGAAGGCUAUCUGAAGAGCACCAUCACCCAGAUAGAGAGAAGGUUUGAUAUUCCUUCUUCACUGGUGGGAGUUAUUGAUGGUAGUUUUGAAAUUGGGAAUCUCCUAGUUAUAACAUUUGUUAGCUACUUUGGAGCCAAACUUCACAGGCCAAAAAUAAUUGGAGCAGGGUGUCUAAUCAUGGGAGUUGGAACAGUGCUGAUCGCAAUGCCUCAGUUCUUCAUGGAGCAGUACAAAUAUGAGAGGUAUUCUCCUUCCUCCAAUUCUACUCUCAGCAUCUCUCCGUGUCUCCUAGAGUCAAGCAGUCAAUUACCAGUCUCAGUUAUGGAAAAAUCAAAAUCCAAAAUAAAUAACGAAUGUGAAGUUGACACUAGCUCUUCCAUGUGGAUUUAUGUUUUCCUGGGAAAUCUUCUUCGUGGAAUAGGAGAAACUCCCAUUCAGCCUCUGGGCAUUGCCUACCUGGAUGAUUUUGCCAGUGAAGACAAUGCAGCUUUCUAUAUUGGGUGUGUGCAGACGGUUGCAAUUAUAGGACCAAUCUUUGGUUUCCUGUUAGGCUCAUUAUGUGCCAAACUAUAUGUUGACAUUGGCUUUGUAAACCUAGAUCAUGUAACCAUCACCCCAAAAGAUCCCCAAUGGGUCGGAGCCUGGUGGCUUGGCUAUCUAAUAGCCGGAACCCUAAGUCUUCUUGCAGCUGUGCCUUUCUGGUAUUUGCCAAAGAGUUUACCAAGACCCCUCAGUAGAGAGGAUUCUGAUUCUUCUGAGAAAUCCAAGUUUAUUACAGAUGAUCACACAGACUACCAAACACCCCAGGGAGAAAAUGCAAAAUUAAUGGAAAUGGCAAGAGAUUUUCUUCCGUCACUGAGGAAUCUCUUUGGAAAUCCAGUGUACUUCCUAUAUGUAUGUACAAGCACCGUUCAGUUCAACUCUCUGUUCGGCAUGGUGACAUACAAACCGAAGUACAUUGAGCAGCAGUAUGGGCAGUCAUCCUCCAAAGCCAACUUCGUGAUCGGGCUCAUCAACAUACCAGCAGUGGCCCUUGGAAUAUUCUCUGGGGGGAUAGUUAUGAAAAAAUUCAGAAUCAGUGUGUGUGGAGCUGCAAAACUCUACCUGGGAUCAUCUAUCUUUGGUUACCUCCUAUUCCUUUCCCUGUUUGCACUGGGCUGUGAAAAUUCUGAUGUGGCAGGACUAACUGUUUCCUACCAAGGAGCCAAACCUGUCUCUUAUCAUGAACGAGCUCUCUUUUCAGAUUGCAACUCAAGAUGCAAAUGUUCAGAGACAAAAUGGGAACCAAUGUGCGGUGACAAUGGGAUCACAUAUGCAUCAGCUUGUCUUGCUGGUUGUCAAACCGCCAACAGGAGUGGAAGAAAUAUUAUAUUUUACAAUUGCACUUGUGUGGGAAUUGCGGCUUCUAAAUCUGGAAAUUCCUCAGGCAUAGUUGGAAGAUGUCAAAAAGACAAUGGAUGUCCCCAAAUGUUUCUGUAUUUCCUUGUAAUUUCAGUCAUCACAUCCUAUACUUUAUCCCUAGGUGGCAUACCUGGAUACAUAUUACUCCUGAGGUGCAUUAACCCACAGCUUAAGUCUUUUGCCCUGGGUAUCUACACAUUAGCAAUAAGAGUUCUUGCAGGAAUCCCAGCUCCAGUAUAUUUUGGAGUUUUGAUUGAUACUUCGUGCCUCAAAUGGGGAUUUAAAAGAUGUGGAAGUAGAGGAUCAUGCAGAUUAUACGAUUCAAAUGUCUUCAGACACAUAUAUCUGGGACUAACUGUGAUACUGGGCACAGUGUCAAUUUUCCUAAGUAUUGCAGUAGUUUUCAUUUUAAAGAAAAAUUAUGUUUCAAAGCACAGAAGCCUCACAAACAAGAGAGAAAGAACAACGGUGUCUACAAGAUUCCAAAAGGAAAACUACACUACAAGUGAUCAUCUGCUACAGCCCAACUACUGGCCAGGCAAGGAGACCCAGCUUUAGAAAAAUAAUGACUGGAAGUCAUGUUAUCUAAAUGGAGCAAAAUUUGCAAACAAAUUUUAAUCAGAAGUGCUCUAAAUUUGUACUUUCUUUCUCCUAAAAAAUACCUACUUUGUUUUUGGUCCUAGGCAUUAGAUAAUAUAACUAAUAACAAAUAUAAUGGAACAUAGAAGAUACAGAUGAUGAAACUAAUUUUGAACUUUUUAAUUUAUACACAAAUUUCUUCUAUCAUUUGCUCAUUUCACUUUAUUUUUCCCUGUGCUCGUUGAUCUAUACGCUAUAUUCCUAGAAGAACAGUGUCUCUGUUGUCACACAUCGCUACAUUUAAAGUUAUUCCCGAACUGUGCAAGGUGUCUAGGGUAAGAAAAUACUGCUAAAUAUUAACUCAUGCCUCGGGCUCCUUCAAGUGUAACUCCCAUAGUAUUUUUCCCUUGUUGUCUUUAUCCGUAGGUUUUAAUAACGAUCUUAGGAUCGAGCAGAACAUGGAGAGGAAGAUUUCAUUUUAAGCUCCUCCUAUUCUUUGAAAUACAAUAAUUUAUAUAGAAACGUGUAGAGGCAAAUUACAUUGGGUAUUAGAAUUUUGAAUUAUGAGCUUUUCUACUGUCCAUUUACGUGUGCUUUCUGUGUGGCGCUGUAAGUGACUAUGGUUGUAAAGUAUGAAAAUUGAUGUUAACAUGCCUUAUUGUUCUUUUACGAUUUAAAUGAAUUUUAAAAUAUUGUUAAAUAUAAUACUGCUUCUACUUUAACAUAUGUAAGCAGCUUCCUACUUAUAUACAUGGUAUGUUCCUAAAACAUGUUCGAAAGGUGAAUUUCUGAAAGUCUGCAAUAAAUGCAGGUGUAAUAAAAGGAA